AUGGUCCCGCUAUUGUUUGCGAUGAAUAAUCAUGGCCAACUGAAGGAUGCUGGACUCAUAGGUGAGAAUACUUAUCAUGAAGAUAUUGCUAUAAAAGUAAACAAGAUACUGGUUGACCCAGAAAGGUACAACAUUCUGCUGCUUUACCUGAUCUUGCAGCUGGCAUUUAACAGAGAAGUUUUUCAAACUCCUGAAAUCUUUCUGAGGGACAGGAAUUCAUGCGACUCGUCACGGAAAAAGUCGCCCGAAGCUAUCCAAAUCAGCUCGUAUAUGCGCGCAGCGUGA